CUUGACGCAUUGUGUGCAAAAUUUGUUGCAGUUUAUUGAGUGUUUUUUAUUUUUAUUUUAUCGUGAAUGUUUUUUGUAUUCCUAAAAUUUUGUGAAAUAUUUAAGAAAAAACAUAUUUAAAUGUUUGUGCUUACGUAAACAAACUAUAAUGCUGCCGGGAUGUACUUAAUUAUUUCAAAUUGUACAUAUUUCAAAACUAACAAUCUUAAAUAAAUUCAAAUAACGUUGAAAAUGCAUGAACUUUUCACAACAGUGCUUUCAAAACGUGAUCUCUCUCGGGCGGGUGAUCUUUUUUCAGUAUCAGAUUCUGAAAUUGUAAAUGAUAUAACACAAGUUCUCCUUGAAAUCGGACCAAUCAUAUCACAGCCGGAUUACUUAAAGAACAACAAUGACCAAUCCGUAGUGGAAAUUUGUGUUACUCGAAUCCUGUCAUGUAUUCGAGAAACCAAAACUGCCGAACGUUAUUGUUCGGUAUUAGUGGACUUACUUAAAACAUGCCUACUAUGGCCAUUGCAACCACAUGGACCAAUGAAAGAGGAUCCUCCCCAUGCCAAAAUUGCUGCCGAUAUUAUAUCCAGUAUAUUCUUGAAUUAUGACAAAAAAGAGUUAAUGAAUAUAUCUCUACCGGUGGCGGUUCAAUUCCUUCCAAAAGGGAACAAAGAAUUGUCAAGGAAUUUGGCCAGCUACCUGUCAUUGGCUGCUAUUGACUAUGCAUAUCUUUUGAGUCCUCAUGUGGAUUCUAUUAUGGACUCAAUACUUGCUGGUAACUAUGGACUGUGUCGUGUUCUUUCGCAAAUUUACGAAGUCUCCCCACAACAAGUCUCACCACAUGCUCCCGUACUGAUAGGACUUCUGCCUCAAUGUGAUUUACAAGAAAAGCUUGCUCUUCUACAACUCUAUAUAUUGAUUGCACAAAAAACUCCAACUGUCCUUGAAAACAGUGUACCAGAAUUGUGUGAAUUUCUUUUUAAUGUGGAAACUGCAACAGCUACUAUGCAAAUACUUUUGAAAAUUGCCGAAUCUUCUCCAAAACUAAUUGUUGAACAUUUUGAAAAAAUCAAGUUGACAGCGAAAAAUAAUCCAACAACAAUCUCAUUGGCAGCACAGGUUCUUGCAACAGCUGGCCGAAAUAACAAAGACACUGCAAAAUAUGCCCUUGACUUCGUGCUUGAACAUUUACCGCAUGCUGAUCGUACUGCACAAACCAUAUUACUGCAUGAAGCAACAAUGUUAUGCUCAACGUUUCCAAUUCUAUUUAACGACAAAGUACUGGCAUGUGUUCGACAAAAGAACAUCAUAAGUCAACAAAAACUUUCCGUAUCGUCGGAAGUUAAUGCGGAUGGUAAUAAGAUUUCGGGCGGUGUGACAAUUGUCAAUUUGAACUCAACACCGGUAACAAUGGGCCCAAGCGCCCAACCAACCACUACCACAAUAUCCACUGAUAUCUCGAGGAGCCGUCAUGUUGUGAGUAGCAGCAGUACUGUGAUAAGUAAAAAGAGUCGGAGUAGCCCAAGUAGUCCCAAGGACGUAAGGAAAUCAACUGCAUUACCAAGUAAUGUUAAAAUCUCAACUGUUAUGGCACCAGCAAAUUCACCUGCGCAAGUGCCUCCGAUGACAGCAGUGCAAAACACGGCCCCUGCAGUACCACCAACGCCACCUCACACGGGAUACACCCGGAGGGCAAAGUUAGGUGACUCAAGAAGUACAGGACGACUGCAUCCGUCUAGCAAUACCCAUCGCAGCAUGACACGUCUCAAUGUCACUGGAGGAUCUGUCGGGGGCCUUCACAAGAGUAUGACUCGUUUAAGCUCCUCGCAACACAUUAACCAGAAUGGAUCAAGCUCCAACAACGCAGCUCCAAGCUCGGCAGCAAACAGCCAGUCUAGUGGAAAUGUUAUUGUUCAAAUGGCAAAUUCCCAUCAAAAACAAAUCAACUCUCCCGCAACACAAAACCCAACUUACAUAACACCAGUACCCCCGUUAAGUAAUAAUGUCAUCAUUACUGGUCAUAACAAAUGGGGCAUACCUUCGACACAAGUUACUUCUGGUGGUGUAACAGUCACUACUUCCCCAAAUAAAUGUCGACCUCACUCGCAAGGUCCAACCACUUUGCUGAGUUCAAGUAGUGCCUUGUUGAAGUACAGUACUGAUGCAUUGAAUCAGUCAAUCGGAUCUAUUUCCAUACCCCAAAAUACAGUUUCGGUACAUCAUGCCUCACCAGCGUUACCACCAUUGAAUGCAAAUCAAAAAUCUGUGAUGAAACUGCCUGUCAAUGGAUCGAGUAACCAUGAAGUAGUUGUGUCAGGUCCGACCACAAAUGUUACACCACGUCGAAAUGAUAACACAAGCAGAACUCUUCUGAAUGCAAACAAUAGUAUUUUAGAUCAGCGAAUGAGUACUUUUGAGCCAUAUCAAUAUAUGCGAGAUCCGGUGCAGCAAUUUUGUGAAAAACAUUUUCCCUCCAUUAAAAGUUAUAUGGAUGAAGUUUCAAACUUUUUACCACCACCCACAAGAUGUAGUAUAGAAGAAAUAUCAAUUUUAGAAAGACGCACUAAAAAAGUAGCGAAGCUGCAUUUCGCCUGUCAAAUUCGAGGACAACACUGCCUUUAUUCAAAAACAUGCUUUACAAUGCGAACAAGGAAUCCCAAAACUUGGAUACAUUUAAUGUUCUUGGAUUUCCAAGUUAGACAUUUUGUUAAGGAAAAAUGUGUGCUAAGUACUAGAGAGCCUGGAAUCAGUAAUCUGAAGAACAUUUGGCAAAUACUUAAAUGCGAGAGUCGAACUUUUACAGAAUUGGUUACCAGUCAAUUUCCAAAUGCAAAGGAAAGAGAAGUUUUAGUAAAUGAACUUCGUCAUUCCGGCUUUCUUGAUGUGUUCGAGGUAUCAAAGACCGACCAAUCCAAUCCCAAUUGCAAUGAAUUAGAAUAUCAAUGGGGAUGUUUUCUUUGUAAUCAUCCUGACAAAGCCGUUGGAUUUUUCAGUGGUAGCAAUCAACCAGUUAUAGAGGGUCAGCUUAAAGAAAAGAAAGGCAAAUGGAGGCUCUUCCGAAGAUGGAGAACACGCUAUUUUACAUUAUCUGGAGCUCAUCUAUCUUGCAAGGGAUCUAGCGGAGGAGAAAGUAUUGAUGUCAAUCAAAUACGAUCGGUUAAAGUAUCGCGAGGAGCUCGGAAUAUACCUAAAGCAUUUGAAAUUUUCACCGCUGAUCAAACUUUAAUACUCAAGCCCAAGGACGGCAAGAACGCAGAAGAAUGGGUUCAAUAUCUUAGCAUAGUAGUGGCGCAUUCUCAAGCUCGCGAUAAUCCUACUGUAAAAACAAACAGUCUUCCUGCUCGAGGACUCGGUACAAGCAAGCCAGCGUUUUAAAGAAUAUUAUUUUAUAAUGAAUUUUAUCAUUUUUUAAUACAAUAUGAUAAAAGUUUUAUGUAUUCAUUCCCUUUUAAGGGAAUAUUUAUUUUAAAUAAAGAAUAUCAUUAAUGUUUUACUUGUAUGAAA